AUGCGAAAAGUGACAAUGUCUAUGGAUAGAGCGACAAAGCGCCAUGCGAAAAGUGACAAUGUCUUUGGACAGAGCGACAAAGCGCCAUGCGAAAAGCGACAAUGUCUUUGCACAGAGCGACCGCGAGCCAUGCGAAAAGUGACAAUGUCAAUGGAUAGAGCGACAAAGCGCCAUGCGAAAAGUGACAAUGUCUUUGGACAGAGCGACAAAGCGCCAUGCGAAAAGCCCACUCAAGCCCACCACCAUCAGCUCAUCACCUCACCUCCACCCCUCACCACCAAUUAUCACCUCAACACUCCACCCCACACCAUCACGUCAUCAAACACCUCACACUCCAGACCAACACCUCACCACCAAUUAUCACCUCACCACCACCCUAACCACCCACUCAUCCCCUCAACACUCACCCAACACCACACCUCAUCACCAGCUCAACACUACACCCCCUCACCCAUCACCAUCACCUCAACGACCACCUCACCUCACCUCACCAUCCACUCCAUCCCACCGUCACCAACCCCCCCUCCACAUACUCACCCUCACACCCACCCACACACCACCACCGAUACUCACCUCAACACUCCACCCACACCAUCACUCAUCACCUCAACACUCCACCCUCACCACCAAUUAUCACCUCACCACUCCACCCACACCACCAAUUAUCACCUCAACACUCCACCCACACCACCAAUUAUCACCUCAACACUCCACCCCUCACCAUCACUCAUCACCUCAACACUCCACCCUCACCGCCAAUUAUCAUCUCAACACUCCACCGACACCACCAAUUAUCACCUCAACACUCAACCCACACCAUCACUCAUCACCUCAACACUCCACCCUCACCACCAAUUAUCACCUCAACAACCCACCCACCCGCACAUCCCCAUCAACCUCAUCACCUCAACAACUCCCCCCACCAUCAUCAUCACCUCAACACUCCACUCAACCCACCACCAUCACCUCAUCCACCCUCAACACCGCAUCACCACCUCAACACUCCACCCCCCACACCAUCACUCUCACCUCAACACCUCCACACCCACACACACUCCACCACACCCCCCUCCCACCCUCACCCACUCCGCUCCACUCACUCCACCCUCCAUCCGCAUCACGCCCCCACCACUCAUCACCUCAACACUCAUCACCUCAACACUCCACCCCACCAUCACUCAUCACCUCAACACUCCACCCUCACCAUCACUCAUCACCUCAACACUCCACCCUCACCAUCAAUUAUCACCUCAACACUCCACCCUCACCACCAAUUAUCACCUCAACAUACUCUAUAGUAUGGCACAGCAGGAACAAACAUUGCUAUACUGGUCAAGGUGUGGUAUUCAAAAUGAAUCGGGCCAUUUAAAUCGAUCAUACAAGUGA